AUGCCGUCGCCGUUUGGCCUUGAGCAGCGGCUGUGCGGGUGUUGGAUCCCUGUCAAGAACAAUGUGGUCGAGAGAAAAUAUCUUCCUCAAGUCGAAUUGUCCUCUCACACGCACAUCGUGCAGGCAAUGUCGCGUACCAAAUUGAAACAGCUCUUUGUCAACAAUGAAGACCACAACCUCAAUGAUGUUUGCUAUACGUUUCCUCUCUACGACGGGGUCAGCGUGGUUAGCUUCACAUGCACCGUCGGCUCCAAGACCAUCGUCGGUGUAGUCAAAGAGAAACAGCAAGCAAAAGCAGAAUACAAUGAGGCGGUGGCGCGAGGCAAAACAGCAGGUCUCUUCGAGCAGCUGUAUGAAGCCUCUGAUGUCUUCACCACGUCAGUCGGCAAUAUCCCUGCCAAAGAGAUGUUCUGCGUCGAAAUCGAGUAUCUCGGCGAGCUCAAACACGAUGCCGAGACCAAUGGCACCCGUUUCACCAUUCCAACCACGAUCGCGCCUCGCUAUGGGUCACUGUCGAGUGAUUCUGCGGAUGCCAUCUCCCGCGCCAGCGUUGGUAGAGCUCGCAUCGCCAUCCGCGUGGAUGUGAGACUUCCAACGGGGGGCAUCGUCCAGGGCAUGCAGUCCCCAAGUCAUCCAAUCGCCGUCACCAUGGGUCGUACCUCCGCCAUGUCGCAGGAUACUUACAAGAGCAAUCACGCUUCGGCAACUUUGACACUUGGUACCACCAGACUCGACAAAGAUUUUGUCCUCAUUGUUCUGGCCAAAGACGCUGAGAUUCCGUGUGCUUUGCUCGAGACUCGCUCAAGCAUUCCGCUGCAGCGCGCCCUCAUGACCACGCUGGUUCCAAAAUUCAGCCUCCCCAACAUCUCGCCGGAGAUUGUCUUCAUCAUUGACAGAAGUGGAAGCAUGGCGGGAAAGAUGGAACUUGUGGUUUCCGCCAUGAAAAUCUUCCUGAAGUCUCUUCCCCUGGGGGUAAAGUUCAACAUUUGUUCCUUUGGGUCAUCGUACUCCUUCCUCUUCGACAAGAGUGUCACGUACGACCAGUCCAACCUCAAGAUGGCUCUUAGCCAUCUGGAGACAUUCGACGCGUCCUAUGGCGGCACGGAAAUGCUGGAGCCAAUCAAGAGGGCAGUUGCAAACCGCUUCCAGGAUCUUCCGCUUGAGGUCCUGGUGCUUACAGAUGGCGAAAUCUGGAAUCAAACCGCCUUGUUCGCUUUUGUGAAGGAGACGUCCAACGCUCGCUUCUUUUCUUUGGGUAUCGGUCACGAUGCUUCGACUGCUCUUGUGGAGGGCAUCGCCCGGGCCGGUAAUGGAUUUGCGCAGUUCGUCGCUCCAGACGAGAAGAUGGACAAGCGGGUUGUUCGCAUGUUGAAAGGUGCUCUUACGCCUCACGUUUCUGACUAUACGCUCGAGGUCAAAUUUUCUGGCGAACACGCGGGAUCCGAAGACGACGACUUCGAGAUUGUGGAUCGCGAGAACGACCAAGUUGAGAAUGAUGUCGUGCCUGACGCGCAGAAAGCAGAAUCCAAGGAACCCAUUUCCCUCUUCGACCCCAAUGCAGCCGAGGAGCCAACCAAUCCUCCUGCCGGCCGCUAUGAUAAUCUGCCAGCCGUCCGAACCCCGAAGACAGUUCAGGCGCCUCACAAGAUCCCGGCACUGUUUCCGUUCAAUCGCACCACUGUCUACCUCAUGUUGGGCCCCGAUACAUCUCACAAGACGCCCAAAUCAGUUGUGCUUAACGGCACCAGUGCGUAUGGCCCUCUCAAACUAGAAAUCCCGAUCGAGGACAUCGGCGCCGGCGAGAGCAUUCACCAAAUGGCGGCCAAGAAAGCAAUGCUCGAGCUCGAAGAAGGACGUGGUUGGAUUGACGAAGCGCGAAACUCCGACGGCCAACUUUUGAAGACUGUUCAUGAAGGGAAAUGGGAUCUCAUCGUUGAGCGAGAAGCCGUUCGCUUGGGUGUCAAUUAUCAGGUCGGAGGCAAGUGGUGCUCAUUCCUUGCUGUGGAGAGCAGCGGCGCUGCUCCCAAUUUCGUACCCAAAUCGGCCCGUUAUGGCUACGAAGGUGACGGGACUGCAAUGCGGUUUUCAGAUGUCCGUCCCUCCUCCAUUCCUCAAGCAGCGUUUCCCGCACCCCCGAAAGCUCGGGCUCCAAAUUCCGGUCUCUUUACUUUAGGAGGACCUCCCCCUGCACCGCCGCAGGCUCCAAGUCCAGGAUUCUUCGGUUCCAGUUUUGGGUCUCGAGGAGGUGGAGCGUUGUCCGCAAACUUUGCUCGAGCUCCAGUAAUAGCGAAGAGACAUAGGGGCGGAUUUCGUACAUCGGGAUCUGGGGCGGGUAGCUCCCUUGCUAAGAAAGACCUUCGCGGAGAAGCUGACGACCGCAAGGAAGUGGUCGACAUCUCUAAGCUCGGUGGCGUAGAAAAGAUGCAUCGGAUAAUUGAUUUGGUCGAAUUUGACGGGUCGUGGUCUGCGUCGAAGGAUCUUCUCUCCAUCCUUGGACUCGACCAUUCCGAAUUCAAUGCUAUCAAGGCGGCGAACAACACCUUGGAGGUUUCUGUCAUAGCUACGGCGCUGGCAGUCGCUUGGUUGAAUGAGCACGUUUUGUCAGAGAAGGAUGUCUGGGAGAUGGUAGCCGACAAGGCGAUGGAAUGGCUAGCCACACGAUUUGGAGGUGAACAUGAUGCACAGCUGACUGUUGAGGCGUUUCAACGAGUUUUCUGA